CACCGCGGGGUUGGGAUGGGGGCGGGCGCUGCCCCGUGCCAGCCCCCCGCGGGGUCACAGCCGGGCUGCGACCGCAGGGACGGGAUAACGGGACCGGGACCGGCACCGGGAUAACGGGACCGGGACCAGCUCCAGAAUAGCGCCGCCCCCGCUGGGACCCCAUGGCCGGCCGCGACACGGCCCCCCCCCGGCCCCCCGGCACCCAGCCCCGUCCCCAGCCCUGCCGCCCCGUGCCGAGGGUCCACGCCUUUGGGAAGGGGGGGCAGGCGAUGCGCAGGGACCCCCGCGUCCCCCCAGCCAUGAGGGGCUGGCUGCACAAGCAGGACAGCUCGGGGCUGCGGCUCUGGAAGCGGCGCUGGUUCGUGCUGGUCGAUCUCUGCCUCUACUACUACCGGGACAGCAGCGAGCAGCGGGUUCGGGGGGGGCUCCCCCUGCCCAGCUACCGGAUCCGCGUCCUGGGCCCCGCUGCCAGCGCCCCCCGCUUCCUCUUCACGGCGGAGCACCCCGGGAUGCGGCCCUACGUGCUGGGGGCCGAGAGCCCCGCGGAGCUGAGCGCCUGGGUGUGCGCCCUGCGGCGCUGCGCUGCGCCCCUGGGGGGGGCGUACUCGCGGGACAGCGAGGGCAGCUGGUUCCGCUCCCUGUUCGUGCACAAGGUGGACCCCCGCAAGGACGCCCACUCCAACCUCCUGUCCAAGAAGGAGACCAGCAACCUCUACAAGAUCCAGUUUCACAACGUGAAGCCAGAAUGCCUGGAUGCCUACAACAGCCUGACAGAGGAGGUGCUGCCCAAGCUGCACUUGGACGCCGAUUACCCCUGCGACCUGGUUGGGAACUGGAACACGUGGUACGGCGAGCAGGACCAGGCAGUGCACCUCUGGCGCUUCUCGGGCGGGUACCCGGCCCUCAUGGACUGCAUGAACAAGCUGAAGCAGAACAAGGAGUACCUGGACUUCCGCAAGGAGCGCAGCCGCAUGCUGCUGUCCCGCAGGAACCAGCUGCUGCUCGAGUUCAGCUUCUGGAACGAGCCCCUGCCCCGCCCGGGGCCCAACAUCUACGAGCUCAGGACCUACAAGCUCAAGCCAGGGACCAUGAUUGAGUGGGGCAACAACUGGGCUCGGGCCAUUAAGUACCGGCAGGAGAACCAGGAGGCCGUGGGCGGCUUCUUCUCCCAGAUCGGGGAGCUCUACGUCGUGCACCACCUCUGGGCCUACAAGGACCUGCAGUCCCGCGAGGAGACGAGGAACGCGGCGUGGCGGAAGCGGGGCUGGGACGAGAACGUGUACUACACGGUCCCGCUCAUCCGGACGAUGGAGUCGCGGAUCAUGAUCCCGCUGAAGAUCUCCCCGCUGCAGUGACCGGACCGGACCGGGGGGGGGCCGAGUCCCGCGCCCCCGGCCCCGUCCCGUGCCCAGCCCCGGGGCUGGGGCAGCCCCCGGGUCCGGUGGGGUGCUGGGGGGGGGGGGGGCUGCGGAGGCGGGGCAGCUGCUGUUAAUUACCGCUAAUGACGUGCAAAUGAGGGGCUGCGCGGCGGGACCAAUUAAACGAUUCAUUGCCGCU